GUCGACGUCACAGCGCGCGGCGCCAUGUUGGAUCAGGAAGUGGGCAGAGGCGGAAUGUGAGUCGAGCUGAGCGUUAACGGCGUCUUUAUCCGCUCGGCCACCGUUUACAAAUCUCACCUUUAACAAUCAGCUUAUCUUCAUGCUGAGGCGCUCUCUGACCGCUCAAACACGCACAUUUAUCCACAUCUGAUCGUCUGACAACAGCUCGAGCCAUGACUUCUCUGUCUCAAAGGCCCUCGGGCCUCGUCCAGCGGAGGACCGAGGCCAUUCGCAGCGCUGCGGCCGACAAAGAGAAAGACUCAGGCGGCGAGGAGGAGGAGGCCCGCCGCGGGGACGAGGACGACGACAAGGGAGACUCCAAAGAAACUAGACUCACACUGAUGGAGGAGGUGCUGCUGCUGGGCCUCAAGGACCGAGAGGGUUACACGUCUUUCUGGAAUGACUGUAUUUCCUCGGGCCUCAGGGGAUGUAUGCUGGUGGAACUGGCCCUCAGAGGACGGCUACAGCUGGAGGCCUGUGGGGUGAGGCGAAAAGGCCUGCUGUCCAGAAAGGUAAUCUGUAAAUCAGAUGCUCCAACAGGCGAUGUGCUUCUAGACGAGGCCUUGAAGCACAUAAAAGACACACAGCCUCCAGAGACUGUGCAGAGCUGGAUAGAGUUGCUCAGUGGAGAGACCUGGAAUCCACUGAAGCUGCACUAUCAGCUUCGAAAUGUGCGAGAGCGUCUAGCAAAGAACCUUGUUGAAAAGGGUGUUUUAACCACAGAGAAACAGAAUUUUCUUCUUUUUGACAUGACUACACACCCCCUGACCAACAGUACAAUUAAACAGCGUCUUGUGAAGAAAGUUCAAGAUUCGGUCCUGGAGAAGUGGGUGAACGACCCACAUCGGAUGGACAAGCGUGUUCUGGCUCUGAUCCUCCUGGCCCACUCCUCUGAUGUGUUGGAGAAUGCCUUUGCCCCUCUUCAGGAUGACCAGUACGACCUGGCCAUGAAGAGAGUGCACUCGCUGCUAGAGCUUGAGCCUGAGAAGGAGAGCACCAAGCCCAGUGCCAACGAACUGAUGUGGGCUGUGGUGGCUGCGUUCACUAAAUGAAAAAUGUUCUUCUGGUGGACUGGAAGAUCAGAAUAUGGUCUCUUAUAUUUAAUUGGUUGAAGGACUUUCAUUCAAUGAGACAGACUUCACUUAAUAAGACAAUCUAUUUUUGGUUGGGGAGCCUGUUUGUACAUCUAUUCUGGAUGAUAUUAGGGUGGUAGUCCAUGCUAACCCAGUGUAAUCUGAUUGGUGGUGGGCUACACCAAGUAGCAAUUGGUUUGUCUCUGAAAAGACCAGUGACUGGCUGCUUUACACUGCGAUAGACACAACAUCUUUCCACUCCGAGGCUGGAUAUGCUCCAAAACAUCAAAUCAACACUUAGACUGAUGAGCCUCUUAACGGCAGAAAGACAAAAGCCUGUGGCAGCAGUGGUCCUGGUGAAUAUGAAGAUUUACAUGGGGCCAAGUUUCCCUUUAAUACCAAGGAAACAUUGUAUCUCCCUCAAAAAGGUGUCUGUCCACACUCCUGCACACUGCGUUCUUCUUUCCCAAAGUCUAUGAAAGGAUAAAGUUAAACGCCUGUUAUUUGUGCUUUUACCCCUCCUCUGUUUCCAUUUCUCCAUUCCAUAUUGUGUACGAGUCCACUUUUGAUAUACAGCAGAUACAACUGAAUCUUUGUCAGAAAUGUAAUAUCCUUUCUUUCUCAUUUUAGUCUGUAUCAACCGCAGACAAACGAUAAAUUAUCCUUGACAACUGAUUUUUUGAGCCAGCUGAUUGGAUAUGAAAUCACACCGAUAUGACCAAAACGAAAAGUGAACCUCAAAUUUAACUCAUUUUAAUUUCCUGUUUCCUAGAGUCUUUUUCAAACUUGCAUAAUGUUACUUGUCUUUCAUUUUAAUUUAGUAUUUGUUUCUUUUCUUUUUACUUUCUUUUUUUUUUGUUAGCAAAUCAGUGCUUGAGCUUAAUUUGUCGACUAUUUUGCACAGUAAGCAGUCUGCUAAAUCAGUAGUAAAGAUAUAUUAAUAUGUCAGGCAGUCCACCAAAAAUGAGAUUAUAAGGUUUACUGUCAACUGCCAUGGUCAAAAAUAUUUGUAUUUUAAGCUUUUGAGAGCAUCUAUGACCUAUUUAAAGAUGCACCAGCUCUUUUUUCACUUCCUCUAUACUGGCUGUGGUUCGCUUCAUGAGAUUAUUCAUUCAGGCAAGUUGUGGAUCAGUAAAAUGAAAUACAAUGGCCAUUUUAAGGGGACUUCAAACCAGUACUGUCAUAAUGUAACACUAAGCUUAAAUAACGACCUUGGUGUCCAGUCGCCAGGCAGUAUAUACUUACGUUUUCUAACUUUCAAGAACAAAUGUUACAGCCUUCCUGCGUACACGUUAGAGCGAAAUCAACAUUCUGAAUCGCAAUUUGACCGGCUUUCGAGGCUUUCCGCUUUCUAAUUGUGUUUUUAAUGUCAAAAAUGUAGUUCUUAAGGCUUGUGUUACUGUUGUUUUGAGCGUUUAGGGUUACUCGGGGCCCCCCAAACGAAGCUGCAAGACUGAAAUCGUUCCCUCGUGAGCAGGCCAUUGCAACAUAAAAUCAUACUCAAAAGUACUCGGACUCAUUUGGCUUGACAGCUGAGAGUAAUGGAUGACAGCACACCACAAUUUAUGACAUAAUUAAGUUCUGUAUUUUUCUACAAAAUAUGAAAAACUGUUGCCGUGUGUUUACAGCAGGAGGCAUGCAUGCUUUUGGUUGAGGGCUGAGGUACAGAGAGCGUAUGUAGCGAAAGAGAAGAGGCUUGUAUGUAAUUAUUAGUCAUUUUAUGUGUACGAUCUAAUGAAAUUCAAUGAAAGGGAUCUUCUCCUCUAUCCUCUAUAAUUCUGUAUGCUUUUAUAUUAUCACAGAAAAUAAAGUAAGGAUCCUUUAAGUGCCUGAAUUCUG